CUGUAUCGUGUCGCAGAUAGAUUGACAUGAUCCUAUAGUUCUACAUAACUUCUGUCUUUAACGGGACAAUAUGGAGACUUAUUCGGUCUGCGGGUUGUGGACACUUUUAAUGUACAUCAUUAGUAUAUCAUCAACAUCAAGAGACACAGGCGGUACAGUUCAGCACAUUGUGGCCUUAGUUGGUGAUGACGUCAUCCUGCCUUGCACCCUGAGAAGCACUGUCAGUGCUGUGCAUCAGACAGUAGAGUGGCAGAGACCGGACCUAAAACCAAAAGAGGUCCAUCUUUACAGAGAUGAGAAGGAGGAUCUGGUGCUCCAGAAUCCAGUCUUCAGGGGAAGGACGUCACUGUUUAAAGAAGAACUAGAGAACGGCAACGCUAGUUUAAAGUUGACCAGAGUGAAACUGUCUGAUGCUGGAAACUACACCUGUUACAUUCCACUGCUGGACCACCAGAAAAGCAUCAUUCAACUCAUUGUUGGUGAGUCAACACACCUGCUGACCACCCAAACCCCCUUAGGAGACAGAUCUCAUGAAAUCAAGGGUGCUGCAUCUAGACCAGUUAUCAUCAUUGAGGGAAUCAAAGGCGAUGAGGUGGUCCUGCGGUGUGAGGCUGAAGACUGCUACCCAGAGCCUGUCAUGGAGUGGUGGGACGCUCAUGGACGUGUCCUCCCUGCUGCUGGACCUACAGAGACAUCCAGAGACCGUGAAGGCUGCUACACUGUGACAAGCCAUGUUAACGUCCCGAAAUCUGACAACAACACCUUCACCUGUCGGGUUCAACAGUUGGAGAUCAGACACAUGAAGGAGAGACAGAUUCACGUUCCAGAUCAAAUGUUUCCUAAGACGUGUCAUUCUUGGUGGCUGACAGUUCUUGUUGCAGUUCCCGUCGUUUAUGUAGCUGGAGUUGGAGUCGGAGCUGGAGGUCUCUACCUGUUGAUAAAAAAAGGGAUAUUGACCAUCAGAAAGGAACCGUUGACGUCAGUAAUGAAGAAGAACAAGGAGACGACGAAGAAUGAGGAAGAUGAGGCCAUGGAAAAGUUCAGUGAUGUUACAGACUGUGAGAAGUUCUUCCUGGGGGGGACAACUCCAAAUCUCCCAGGUAUUUUGGUUGGUGGGACAGUCCAGGACCAGAACCGCUACAAGCCGAUCUGCCAGAAGUACAACAACAUCUACAGGUUUGCAACUCUCUACGACACGACCAACAGGAUCCCUGUGUUCUCAGCCUACACCUUCACUGGUUAUACAACGGGUCGACCAGAUGAUCCCUGGAUGAUCGAGCCCCAGCUCAACGGGGAAAACAACAUCCCUGAAAUGGAGAAUGACAGUAAAGAGAUUGAAUACCAACACCAGGGAAAACAGCAGCCCUGA